AUGGCCUGUGGUUACAGUAGGUAUGUGCUCAUCUCUGUGAGAAUCCUAAUGAACUGCUACAAACUGUGCACUCCUUCACUCCACUUCUCUCUGUAGUGUGCACUCCUUCACUCCACUUCUCUCUGUAGUGUGCACUCCUUCACUCCACUUCUCUCUGUAGUGUGCACUCCUUCACUCCACUUCUCUCUGUAGUGUGCACUCCUUCACUCCACUUCUCUCUGUAGUGUGCACUCCUUCACUCCACUUCUCUCUGUAGUGUGCACUCCUUCACUCCACUUCUCUCUGUACUGUGCACUCCUUCACUCCACUUCUCUUUGUAGGGUGCACUCCUUCACUCCCCUUCUCUCUGUAGUGUGCACUCCUUCACUCCACUUCUCUCUGUAGUGUGCACUCCUUCACUCCCCUUCUCUCUGUAGUGUGCACUCCUUCACUCCCCUUCUCUUUGUAGGGUGCACUUGUUCACUCCCCCUCAUGGUGAUUGGUGUACGGUAUUCUAGAAAGGUGUUUUAAUAUUCAACAUUUCACACAGUUCAGACAAUAUGGCCGCCGCAUCGAAUUUUACUGUGAACAUCUCAAACAGGUUACAUAACGUGUGUGUGUGUGUGCGCAGGGUGAGGCUGAGUGAGAGCAGGCUCUCUCUGUUGCAUCAGUAUGCCAGAGACCACAGCAAAUCACCCCCCUCUCAGCCUAUAAAUAAACCCUGGGGUGUGUGAGUGUGGCACAUGGAACAGGCCUCAGCAGCAAUCCCAGAAUUCCUGUGCCAGUCAUGUGACCCUGGAGUCUGUUAUUUUUGCAUGUUCAGUUCGAAGGGGGUUAGGGUGUGUUAAGGUUAGUUAAGGUUAGGGCCUGAGGUAGGUGAAUCACUAAUCUUAACAUAAUUACAUAAUAUAGUUAUUUGGAAGAUGAAAUAAUGUGGUUACUGUAGAUACAUUGAACUGAUAUCUUGUGAUGCAAAGCAAACACAACCGUAACCCCCAGGCCUUUAUAAACACACAACCGUAACCCCCAGGCCUUUAUAAACACACAACCGUAACCCCCAGGCCUUUAUAAACACACAACCGUAACCCCCAGGCCUUUAUAAACACACAACCGUAACCCCCAGGCCUUUAUAAACACAUUUACAUUUACAUUUACGUCAUUUAGCUGACGCUCUUAUCCAGAGCGACUUACAGUCAGUGAGUGCAUACAUUAUUAUUUUCAUACUGGCCCCCCGUGGGAAACGAACCCACAACCCUGGCGUUGCAAAUGCCAUGCUCUAUCAACUGAGCUACCUCCCUGCCUGCCAUUCCCUCCCCUACCCUGGACGACGCUGGGCCAAUUGUGCGCCGCCCCAUUGGUCUCCCGGUUGCGGCCGGCUACAGCAGAGCCUGGAUUCGAACCAGGAUCUCUAGUGGCACAGCUAGCACUGCGAUGCAGUGCCUUAGACCACUGCGCCACUCGGGAGGCCCGUACUCGGGAGGCCCAACCGUAACCCCCAGGCCUUUAUAAACACACAACCGUAACCCCCAGGCCUUUAUAAACACACACCGUAACCCCCAGGCCUUUAUAAACACACAACCGUAACCCCCAGGCCUUUAUAAACACACAACCGUAACCCCCAGGCCUUUAUUAUAAACACACAACCGUAACCCCCAGGCCUUUAUUAUAAACACACAACCGUAACCCCCAGGCCUUUAUUAUAAACACACAACCGUAACCCCCAGGCCUUUAUAAACACACAACCGUAACCCCCAGGCCUUUAUUAUAAACACACAACCGUAACUCCCAGGCCUUUAUAAACACACAACCGUAACCCCCAGGCCUUUAUAAACACACAACCGUAACCCCCAGGCCUUUAUUAUAAACACACAACCGUAACCCCCAGGCCUUUAUUAUAAACACAGUGUGUUGUCUGUUCUCUCCAGGCAUCUCCAACCCCAAACAGCCCAAGAAUGAAGGAAAGAGUUUCACCUUUGACUACUCCUACUGGUCACACACUACGGUGAGGUUAUCUCUCUCUCAUUGAGCCCAAGUACCCACAGUUUCUCUCUUCUUCAUAGUAAAUCUGGUAACUGUGUGUCCAUGUUGUGUCCUAUCUCCCCAGGCGGAGGAUGAGAGAUUUGCCUCCCAGAGACAAGUCUAUAAGGACAUUGGAGAGGAGAUGCUGCUUCAUGCGUUUGAAGGAUACAAUGUCUGUAUCUUCGCCUACGGACAGACAGGUUGGUUCACCUAUCUAG